CCACAUCGGCCUGCAGUCCUCUCUCACAAGCUCACUUGUUCUCACAGCACAACAUGACCAACUCCUUGGAGUAACAUUCCAGAGAACGACUUUGUUUCUCUUCCCGGAGUGUCACCUGUGGAGGAUUCCUUUGCUGCACGCCACGUCCAAGGGACCGGCGCCAUGCGGAGGGCGGGGAAGGCCUCACCGUACACCCAGGCCCCGGAUGGAGGCUGGGGAUGGAUGAUUGUGCUUCACUUCUUCCUGGUCAACAUGUUUGUGAUAGGAAUGACCAAGACUUUUGCAAUUUUCUUUGUGGUUUUUCAAGAAGAAUUUGAAGGCACCUCAGAGCAAACUGGCUGGAUUGGCUCCAUCAUGUCAUCCCUCAGCUAUUCUGCAGGCCCCCUGGUUGCCAUCGCCUGUGACAUAUGGGGAGAGAAGACUGCCUCCCUGCUUGGGGCCUUCCUCGUGUCUGGAGGAUAUGUGAUCAGCAGCUGGGCCACGAGCAUCCCCUUUCUGUGUGUGACCAUGGGAGUUCUACCUGGUUUGGGUUCCGCCUUCUUGUACCAAGGAGCGAUGGUAGUAAUGAGCAAAUACUUCAAAAAACGACUGGCGCUUUCUACAGCUAUUGCCCGUUCAGGGAUGGGACUGACAUUUCUCCUGGCACCUUUUGCAAAAGUCCUGAUAGAUCUCUAUGACUGGUCAGGUGCCCUUAUGUUAUUUGGAGCGAUCAUCCUGAACUUGGUGCCUUCGAGUAUGCUCUUGAGAGCCAUCCACAGCACAAGCGGGAGCAAUUCUGACAGGAAAGAUAAAGGGAGCAGCCUGUCUGCCAGUGGUCCAGAGGCAGGGCGCGGGACAGACACGUCACACUGCGAGACACCAGAGUUCCCCACCAGGGACAGGACCAUGCAGACGGUUGGACAAGCCGGUGUAAGUCUCAUAGACUCGCAGCAGCACCAAAAGGAAGAGGUCAACAACGGGCCGAGCGGGAACAGACUGUUCCUAACACCUAAAAACAGACGUUUCCAGCAGAAGGCUGCUUUGUGGAGCUGUAAACAAAACCUCUGUGAUCUUUCUCUCUUAAAGAACCCUUUCUUCUGCAUCUUUACCUGGUCUCUUCUCUUCAGUCAGCUGGCAUAUAUGGUCUCUGCCUUCCACCUGGUGGCCAGAGCCAAAACACUAGGGAUCAACAUGAUGGACGCCUCCUACCUCGUGUCUGCAGCUGGUAUCACUGAGGUAGUCAGUCAGAUUCUCUCUGGAUGGAUUGCUGAUCAAAACUGGACCAGCAAGCACCAUUACCACAAGUCUUACCUCGCCCUCUGCGGCAUUACUAACCUGCUGGCUCCCUUAGCCACCACCUUCCCACUGCUGAUGGCCUAUACCGUCAUGUCUGCCAUUUUCUCCGGUGGUUACCUGGCAUUGAUACUUCCUGUUCUGGUUGACCUGUCUGGGAGUUCUGCAGUGCACAGGUUCAUGGGACUUGCCAAUUUCUUCGUCGGGAUAGCUGUCCUUUCUGGACCACCAAUAGCAGGCUGGUUAUACGAUUACACCCAGACAUACGCAGGCUCCUUCUACCUCUCUGGCACCUGCUACCUCCUCUCUGCAGUGUCCCUUUUCCUUGUACCACUGGCUGACAGAUGGAAAAGCAGUCUGAGCGGAAGGAGAGAGGACUGCAAUCAAGUACAAGUGUAACAAAAGAAAAGCUAAAUUAGUAAGUCAUUAGAAACAAAAGAAAAGCUACAGGAGUACGUUACCACCACAAAGACUCAGAAGAACAGUUUUUUCAUUUGUAAAAUAAGAAGGCAAACCAAAUAGUUUUUAAGGUUCCCCUUCCUUUGCCAUUCCUAAGAAUGAAUUGGUGGCAAGAAAGGGGUAGUAGCCACUGAAAGCAUGCCAUUUGUUAGUACUUUUAAUCAGUUAAAGCAGCCACCUUAGUUAUUAAAUGAAAAUCAGAAUGUAUGUAAUAAUAACCAAACUCUCAAUUGUGCAUUGUAAUUCCGUCAAUAAAAUAAGUGAAGGCAGAAAACCUUUUUCCUUAAUUCAAGGUAUCAAAUAUAUCCAUUGGUUGACUUGAACUCUGGAAUCUGAGUAUUUAAUGACUGUAAUAUUAUAUACCCCAAAAAAGUUUAUCUUUGCUUAUGGUUUAGGGGUAUUUUUAUUUUCUUUGCAUUAUUUUGUUUCUUAAAUUUUCUUUGAUAAACAUGUAUUGCUAUAUAAUAAAAAAAUUUGUUUUAAAAAA